GCAUAACGGAGAGUGGGCGGCCGUUUGUCCAAUCGAGGUUCGUAGGAACGCGGCACCCGCAGAGAGCGGUGUGCAAUCCGGACUCAAGUGAAGCUGUUCAGUGCGACGAGUCCCCCGGGUGGCAUGGUCGCUAGGACCAUCGCCACCUCAAUAUCGAUUGAAUCGGCACAAGCUGGCCAUCUCGAGUUCGGGGAUGGUGUUGCCGUAGGAAUCUGCAUUACCUCGUUGUGUGUAUUAUUUCGCAUGUACGUGAGGGAGAGGUCUGGGAAGGUGAAUAGUAGGAAAGGGAGGUGGUCUCACUGCGGCCGCUAUUGGAUGGAGAACAGCGGUUUCACCUCCAACCAACAGCCACCGCAUGUUACACAGUAUCCAGGAGGAAAUGCGGCAUCUAGCCCGCUACCACCAGGUGUGCCUCCUGGAGUGUCGGCGCAUCCUCAGUACGCAGCAUACACGGGUGCGAAUAUACCUCCGGCAACUUUUCAACCGACAAGUAUGCCUCCGCCGUACCAAGUGCCGUAUCAAGCGGCGUGGGGUGCUCAACAGUGGCCAUCAGUCAAUCCAUGGCAAGGCGGGCAAUGGAUGACUCAGGCGCAUCCCGCACUAGGUCCUGUACCUGUCCACGUAUCGGCGCCAGCACCGGCUCCAGUAUUCGCUGGGCAUCCGCAAGCAAGCAAUCACAACGCUCUUGGUGCAGGACAACCUUCAACCGAAGGAAGGGGAAAAGGACCAGCUGCUAACAAUUUCCCAGGUCCUAAGAAUCGUGCUUAUUUCACCAAGGAAUAUAUGGAAAUCCUAGAGGGAAUCAAGAUCGAGAAAGUGCUCGAUCAAGCCAAGAAGAAGAUGGGAGUGCAGAAGAAGAGCGGCGUGAAGAUAGUAGAGCUUCCUGAUGAAGAAAGCCGCUCAGAGACACGUCCAAGCGCAAAGAGUGACGAUAUGAAAGCUUGGGUCACCUCCACCCUCGGGAGCUCACUGAAACUAAUCAAUGAGAAACUCGAGGAGGUGGACCAGUAGGCGAAGAUGACGACCAACGAACGUGCGGAAUUGGAGCAGCUUCGUCUG